AUGGGCAAACGCAUCCCCAACGCCUUCAACCUCCUCGUCGUCAUCGCCGCCGCCCUCGGCAGCACAUGCUGCAGCUAUGGCAUGGCCGUCAUCUCCUCCACAAUCGGGCAACCGUCCUUCUACAGCAACCUCGGGCUGGCACCGCAAGGCGAGCCCGGCUACGACCGCACAGCCGAGCUAAUCGGCGCCUUCAAUGGCGUCAAUUCUGCGGGCUCGGCGCUUGCUGCUGUCUUCACGGCCUGGUCGAGUGAUAAGUGGGGACGAUUGAGAACGAUGCAGAUGGGGUGUAUUUUCUCGAUUGUGGGAGCGGCGCUGUGUGCGGGGAGUGUGAAUGUGGCCAUGUUUAUGGUUGCGAGGAUUGUGGCGGGGUGGGGGGUUGGUAUGCUUAUCACGGUCAUUCCCAUGUACCAGGCUGAGGUUUCUACGCCGGAGUCUCGCGGCUUUAUGGUGAGUAUGCAUGGAAUCAUGUUCGCGAUGGGAUAUACGCUCUCCGCCUGGAUCGGCUUCGGCUGCUACUUUGUCAGCGCUUCCGGCUCAGAUUCCAGCUUCGCCUGGCGCUUUCCCCUCGCCUUCCAGAUGGUUCCCGCCAUCCUGCUGCUAGGCUGUUCGCCCUGGCUGCCCUUCUCUCCACGCUGGUUGCUGGCGCAAAACCGCGCCGACGAAGCCCACGCCGUGCUCCAACGCCUGCACCACACGGGCGAUGACGCCAGAGAUGACCUGGCCAACAAAGAGUUCUACCAGAUGAAGAAGCAGCUCGACCUCGACCGCGCGAUCAAGGCGAAAACGAGCGCCUUUGAGCUCUUCAAGACGGCGCCGAACCGGCGACGCGCAUAUGUCGGAUUUUCGCUUAUGUUUCUCAAUAUGUUCACCGGUGUGCUCAUCAUUGCCAACUACGGCGUUAUCCUCUACGCAAACCUCGGCAUGCAAACCUACAUGCCCCUCCUCCUGUCCGCAAUCUGGGUAACGGCCUCCUUCCCCGGCAACAUCUUUACCGCCUUCUUCGUCGACCGACUAGGCCGUCGGCUCUUCCUCUUAACCGGGCUUGCCGGGCUCACCGUGACGCUGGUCUUCGAGUGCAUCCUGCAGGCGCUGUACCAGGGCACUACGAACAAGGCCGGGCAGCGCGCCGCUGUGUUUUUCAUCUUUCUGUUUAUUGCGUUUUGGAGCACUUUUAUCGACGCGACGCAGUAUCUGUAUGUGGCAGAGAUUUUUCCGACGCAUAUUCGGGGCGCGGGGGUGGCGUUUAGCAUGGUGGGGCUGUAUGUGGCCUCCAUCAUCAUCCUCUCGGUUGGACCGAUCGCGCUGGAGAAGAUCACGUGGAGGUUCUUCAUUGUGCUGAUCAUACCGACGGCCUGUCAUUUCUUGAACGUGUAUUUCAUUUUCCCGGAGACGAAGCAGAGGAGUCUGGAGGACAUCAACCAGGCGUUUGGGGAGAGGGUCGCGGUGCAUUACUACGGCGCGACUGCGGAGGACGAGAAGGUGUAUGAACAGGCCAUGAGGGAGGACCGGGUGGCGCAUGGGGAUGUUGAGAAGGCGGGGGUGGGCGAGACGGGAGUAGUGCAUGUCGAGAAAGUUUGA